AUGGGGUGCCUGCAGAGCGUGGCCUGCAAGGCGCGGGUGCGUCGGGAGCAGAUCGUGGUGUCGGACGUGUCGGCCACCAUCGAGCCGGCGGCCACCGCCAUCGAGGAGAGCUCGCCGGUGGUGCUGCGGUACCGCACGCCCUACUUCCGCGCCUCGGCCCGCGUCCUCAUGCCGCCCAUCGCCCGACGGCACACCUGGGUGGUGGGCUGGAUCCAGGCCUGCAACCACAUGGAGUUCUACAACACCUACAGCGACCUCGGCGUGUCAAGCUGGGAGCUGCCCGACCUGCGAGAAGGAAGAGUAAAAGCCAUCAGCGAUUCGGAUGGCGUGAGCUACCCCUGGUAUGGAAACACCACAGAAACUGUGACCCUGGUCGGGCCCACUAACAAGAUCUCCAGGUUCUCGGUGAGCAUGAAUGACAAUUUCUACCCCAGCGUAACGUGGGCUGUCCCUGUGAGCAACAGUAACGUGCCGCUGCUGACCAGGAUUAAAAGGGACCAGAGCUUUACUACGUGGCUGGUGGCCAUGAACACCACCACCAAGGAAAAGAUCAUCUUGCAGACUAUAAAGUGGAGGAUGCGAGUGGACAUUGAGGUUGAUCCCAUGCAGCUGCUGGGGCAGCGGGCACGGCUGGUGGGAAGGACUCAGCAGGAGCAGCCCCGGAUCCUCAGCAGGAUGGAGCCCAUCCCACCAAACGCACUAGUGAAACCCAACGCCAAUGAUGCCCAAGUCCUCAUGUGGAGACCCAAGCGAGGCCAGCCUAUAGUUGUGAUACCUCCCAAGUAGAGCAGCGCCGGUG